GUAAUAUGUGGUGUCUGUGUCUCUAAGUAUGAGAAUGUCGACUCGACCAACCAGACCGGAAAGGAAAACCAGAAAGUAAACUAAACCGUCCUAUAGCUAGCUAUCCAUAACCAAAACACACAAACCAAAAGAUAUGCUUACUCACAACGUGGCUGCGCCGUCUUCUCUAUGCCCAAUUCUUUCCAAUGACUGGCAUUUCCAUGUAUCUGAUCAGCUUAUAUCUCCUCACAAUCUAAACCCAAAUCUAUUUUGGAGAGCAAGCAGAAAGAUUAAGGGAUGCCGACUCAAGUCUAGCUUUUGGGAGUCCAUCAGAUCUGGGAUUUUGAAGAACAACACAACACAAAUCGUUGAACCACCCUCUACACUUGAAGAAGAGGAAGAACCCUUACCUGAUGAAUUUGUGCUUGUUGAAAAGUCUCAACUAGAUGGUGAAGUUGAACAAAUAAUAUUCUCUUCUGGAGGAGAUGUGGAUGUCUACGAGCUUCAAGCCCUAUGUGAUAAGGUUGGCUGGCCGAGGAGACCAUUGUCAAAACUAGCAGCGGCUUUAAAAAAUAGUUACAUGGUUGCAGCAUUGCAUUCCGUUAAGAAAUUGCCUGGUUCAGAAGGGAAUGAGCAAAAGAGGCUAAUUGGAAUGGCUCGUGCUACAUCUGACCAUGCAUUCAAUGCUACAAUCUGGGAUGUUCUUGUUGAUCCUAGCUAUCAGGGCCAAGGCCUUGGUAAGGCCAUGGUUGAAAAGAUGAUAAGGACCCUUCUACAGAGAGAUAUUGGUAAUAUAACACUUUUUGCGGACAGUCAAGUUGUGGAGUUCUAUCGGAACUUGGGUUUUGAACCCGAUCCUGAGGGCAUUAAGGGUAUGUUUUGGUAUCCAAGGUAUUGAUUGCCGUUUCAAUUACGAGAAGAACCACUUGUUACUUCAACUCCAAGAAGUGGUUUGAUCAUGUUGGUUCGGCUCUCAGAGCUCAAAUGGGGGGCUUGGAUUGGGACAUUAAUCAUACAUUUGACAUUACAAAUCAUGUUGGGAAGGGGUAUUUUAUAUAGUAUCUUAUCACUCACAAUUAGACCACUCAAUGCAUGUGGGGUGGUUUUUGUUUUAAAUGCUGAAAAUGCGUAAGUAUAUAUUCUUCUUUACUGGUUUGAAUGUAUGAUACUUAUAACUCACGGCA